AUGCCUUCUUUAACAGGAAGUCAUCAUGAAGAUGUCAGUUUCAAAACGGUGGAUGGGCUCACUUUGCGAGGGUGGCUUUACCCCGUUGCUGGAAAGGCACCUGCAGUUAUAAUGUCUCCUGGAUUCAACUGCACCAAAGAAAUGCUUCUUCCAGAUGUAGCAUCACAGUUUCAACUCUCGGGUAUCAACGCCUUGAUUUAUGACCCGCGGAGUGUAGGUCUUUCGGACGGAACUCCUCGCAACGAAAUUGACCCAAUGAAACAAACUGAAGACUAUUCCGAUGCCUUGACGUACAUGAGCGGUCUUUCGUCAGUGGAUUCCUCAAAAAUCGCUUUUUGGGGUAUGUCAUUUGGCGGCACAGUGGCUAUGUGCGCUGCUGCCCUCGAUAAACGUGCUAAAAUGUGCAUUGCCGUUUGCCCUCUCAUGACUUUCUACACCGACUCUCGAUUACGGAGUGUACUCAAUAGAUGCAUGAUCGAUCGACAAUCACAACUUCGCGGAAACCCUCCAUUUAGUAUAGCUCCCUUCACUGCCAACGGUGUCAAUCCUGCCGGCAUGGCUGAUGGGGGUGGAUUAGAAGCUUACGAGUUUAUGGUUAAUGUCAGAGAUAAAGGAGCAGCGAGUUUUGUAAAUAAAACAACUAUCCAGUCGUAUUACAAGAUUGCUAUGUGGCAGCCACGUAGCAUUUUCAAGCUAGUGCAGACGCCAGUCAUGAUGCUGGUACCGGAACUAGAUGUUAUCUCGAGUCCUCAAGAUCAGAUGGCUGCAUUUGAUGGUUUGAACGGCGCAAAGAGAGCGUAUAUGGUCAAAGGACAGGGUCAUCUGAAUGUUCUUAGUGGUGAUGAAUUUCUCGGACUGAUGGAACGACAGGCAGAUUUCAUUAAUGAUGUGCUGGAAGGAACAUUAGACGAUUGUUAA